AUGCACUACUGAUCCUCCUUUAAGUAAUUCAAAAACUUAUUGUAAAUUAGGAAUAAGUGUAAUUCGUGCCCCUACAUCAUCUAGUAAUUACAGCCUAUAUGAAUCAAAUAUUGUGAUUGGUACUCAUUUUCGUCGAGACAACCUGGCAUGCUUAUUUGUCCACAAUCUUGACAAUACUGAUCUUAAUGAAAUUUCUAUAAAAAUAGAUAACAUACCUCGCUUAUUGGGAGUAAAAUGGAAAAAUACGGUUUCUAGAUUUUUUCGUAAAGAACCUUCUAAAAAAUUAACGCAUGAUAAAGCUUUGCAUUUAACUCUUGAUAAAUGUGUCAAGAGAGGAAAUCACGGAGAUUAUGAACUCGAAUAUCCACUAUUAAUAUAUAUUACAAAUGAUUGUGACUAUCAUGG